CGCGUCAGCUGCCGUGCUCAAGAAAUGAAUGCUUGGUUGGAGGGUGGAUGGGGGCGAGGUGGAGGCGUGUCUGGGAAAUGUACGGCACGCAGGGCAAAGUACCGUCAUUAACUGCACGUAAUGGACGAGGGUGCCACUUUGAGGGAUACAGUGUGGAGGAAAGACUCAAAAUUAAUAAAGGAAUAACAGGAAUCUAGUGCUUACAAACUGAAACAAGAAGAAAAGGAAAAGAACUGAAAAUAAAAGUGAUAAGAGGAAAAGUGAUUUAAGUGUUACGUUUGUGUGUGUGUGUCUUCCUGAUCAUCACUCGGGGGAACUCACACACACACACACACACACACACACACACACACACACACACACACACACACACACACACACACACACGCACACACGCUCACGUACACGCACACAUACACGCAUCUGGAGACUACCAAGGGACCUUCCAUCGACGGCCGGAGCAACGCCUCUCUUCCUAGAGGCCAUCAUGGAAGUGGAGAAAGAAUAAGGGGGAGUGUUUCUUCCUUCCCCGUCACCACCUCCUCAGCCAUCAUGGCACGUUCCUGGAGGGGUGCAGUGGCCGUGCCGCUCACACUGCUGGGUCUUGCUGCCUUGUGCCAAGCCACUUCUGUUCCUGACUACAGUUGCUACAAAUUUCAGAGUUCUGGGACAGGAAAAAUUGAGCCAAAUGGUGACAUUAAUCUUGAAGUUGGGUCUUCCUAUGAAGCUUAUUGCCUCUUCAACCCAGCAAAGGUGCAGGUGGAUGAUGUGUACUUUAAGACCACAGAAAAUGGUGGAAGACUCCUCGAUCAUGUAGUAGUGAACAAUUCUGCCAUCAAGGUGCAAGUGACACAUAAUGAGCCAACAGAUUACCUCCUCAAGUGUUUGGCAGGGAAUAAGUUGAUUUGUCAGCGCUCAGCAUUUGUCGGAUAUAAACCACAAGAUGUUCAGAAUUUCACCUGUGUGUCCAGGAACUGGGAGAGCCUGAACUGUUCAUGGAGUGUUCCAGAAAAUCCAGUUAAAGUUACAUAUUCACUCACGUAUGUUAUUCAAGACUACACAAAAGAGCCAAGGGACUGUCCUGAGAGAGAAAGUAGACAAAACUGGUGUUUCUGGCAUGGAAUGGAAUUUCAUAGUGGGCGACGAAACUGGACUAUAAUAUUCUCAGCAGAAAACAACCUUACUCAAAACCCUGUUGAAUUUAGGCAUUAUGUAGAUCUUUAUGCCACUGUUAUACCUGGGAAGGCCAGCAAUUUUAAGGCUGAGAUCCUUGGACCUCGGGAAGUAAUCAUGAGUUGGAAUUUCCCACAUCCAAUUGAUGUGUUUGUUGAUGGGAAGGUUACCCAAGAAGUCAAGUAUAGAAUAAAGCCAUUCAGAAAUAUAGCUCAGUACAGUCCUUGGGAAGUGAUUGAUACUUGGGAAUAUACUCCUGAACGGUUUCAAAGGAAGAUCUUCAAUAGGACUAUAAGUAAUCUUAAGCCCUUUGUUGAGUACGAGUUCUGUGUGCGCCUACACACUGGGACGGGCCCAAUCCGAGAGGAAAUGUGGUCCGAACCAGCCAUUGUUGUUAACAGGACAGAAUCCACUCGACCAGCAGUGGCUCCCAUGACCACCCUAGGGAUGUUUGAGGUUGAAGAAAACAAGCUACUACGGGAUGUCUAUGUCAGCUGGCAGACAGUUGACCCCUUGGAGGAAAAUGGGCCUGGCUUUGUAUAUGAAGUGAAGAUAUUUGAUGACAGUGAUGGGCGCUUCCACAGCUCACAGACCACACACCGUGGUUUUAUAAAGUUCUGGGGCUUGGAAAAUACCAUAACUUAUAGGAUUGAGAUUAGACCUAAGAAUGAUCAUGGUCUUCCUGAAGAUUCAAACCUGAUGUCAGAGGUGAUUGUGCCUAAGAAAGCAUCCUUGCUAAAUGUCCCAGACUACUUCAAGGUUAUUGCUUAUUCAGGCAAUUAUUCCACAACUUACAUGGCAAGGUGGCGAAUUCCUGAGCUGACUCUUGCAAAUACCAAUAUAGAAACAGUAACUCUCUAUUGGUGCAAACAAACAGAAUAUGAAAACCGUUGUCAGAAUAAAUUAAGCUGGGAGAUCAUCAAUGAACCAACCAUAUAUGUAAAAAAUCUUACUGGCUAUGAUCCUUCAUCCCGCCAUAUGUUUGGCAUUUCCGUCAACACCCAUAACUCAUCCAGUGGAAUUAAAUGGAGUGGCUGCAUUGCCACUCACGGUGAACAACAGCCUGCCAUAGACAAAUUCAAUUAUACAAAUGUGCUUUCAUCAGAAGUGAAGUUAAAAUGGGAUCUUGAAUGUAAGGCUCAAGCAGCACAACCAGUUGCCUUCAACAUCUCCUACUGUGUUGUUGAAAAAUUUGCAGAGAAAUGUGCUGAACCUGAGAAGUACAUAAGAGUGGAUGGAGAAAGUACUGUUCAAUAUACAGUGAAGAACCUUCAUCCAUACAAAGAUUAUAGCUUUAGUAUUGCCACCAUAUCUAAGUACCUUGGUCUUGGAAAGUGGAGUCGCAGCGUUCAUGUGAAGACCAAACCUGCCAAACCAAGUGCUGGUCCUCAAAACAUCACUGUGGUCAGCAAAGGCAAAACAUGGAUUCUUUUAUCGUGGCAUCCUCCACCAGAACCACAACAGAAUGGAGAGAUAAUCAUGUAUAAUAUUCAGUAUAAAGUAAAGGGGUCGCCAAGUGUCCCAUAUGGUGUAGAAGUAAAACACAAUGUCCGUCAACACAAUUUUACAAAUCUGGAUCCUUUCACCGAGUAUCACUUUGAUAUUUUUGCUUGCACAUGGGUCUUUAAUGAAACUGCUUGUGGAAUACAUCCUGGAGACAUUGAAGUGAAGACAAAAAUUGGAGCUCCUGGAAAAAUUGAUUCAUUGCAAUAUGAUGCCCCUUGGCUAAAGUGGGAUCAUGAGGAGUGUAAUGGACCCAGUUGUUCUUAUGAACUACAAUACACAGUCAAUGGCACCAACUUUACAUAUAAUACCCCUAUCAAUAAUUCUGCUGUCUCCAUAAGGGAUCUCAAUGUGACAUGCCCAGUAGACCUGGGAUACAUUCCAGUUAAGUUACGAGCUGUGAGCAUAGAUGAAGAAAAUCAUCGUUUGACUGGACCUCAGAAGGAUUGGAAGAUCUCUUGCCCUAGCAAAGGUUUGGCCAUUGGGAUCAUUGUGAUUAUCGUUUUCCUGUGUAUCAUUACCACCCUGUUUAUCCUUGGCAUAUUCACCUACGGAUGGGAGCAAAUCAAGACAUUCAUGCAUAAUUUCAACCUUAAGCCAAAAUUGCCAGAUGGCCUGGAUCCACAGAUUCAGUCUACAAAUAAUACCAAAAAAAAUUGGUAUGAUAAGAUGAAAUUAAGCAAAAACACCAUAACAACAAACUCAUCAUCUUUCAAACCUUCAGAGAAGCAAGAUCUUAUUGAGUCUGGGAAUGAACGGCAACACCGCAACUUCUCUGGAGACUCUGGGACAUCAGUGGCUGACCCAGCAGAUUCUUCUGGCUGUUCCACAGGUGGAGACUCAGUGUCCUCCUCAGGAAGUGACCGCAUUCCCCCGUCCUCAGACUCAGGAACAGUGCAGGAAGAAACUGGGUUCUCCUCAGAAGAUAAGAAGUGGUCAGCCUCAGUAAGGCUUAGGACAGCCCCACCAUAUGUACUCCAGGGAUUACCAGACAAGGUGGCUAACAUGAAAGGUUAUGUGUCAGUUGGUUCUGUCCCCAAUUUGGCAGUAUCAGCAGUAGAUGGAGUGUCCUUGCGGCAAUCAAACCCAAGCCUUGGUCUGGAACCACUGCAAGAGGUGCCCAUGGGAGGCCGACGCACUUCAACUGGAUAUAUUAGUAUGCCAACCAAUGAGAGUGAAGGGUUGAGCUUACCCCUGGACGACUUAGGAAACCUAGUUCUUCCUCAUGAGCGUCGACCGGGUGACUUGUUGGCAUACUCACGCCACUACAUGCCAUACAAAAAGACAUCUGAUUUCUCACCUUAUUCAAAAGCUCAGUCCUUACCAUGGCUAAACACUGGCUAUGUAGCAGUUUCUCAAGCUGAAGAUGGUGGACAGGCUGUGCCUGGUGCACAAGGAUAUGUAGCAGUGGGUGAUGCCAUGAAUCUAAUGAAGAGGCAACCAUCUCUUCCUUCACUACCAAUGAAUAUCAGUAAACCACUAACCACACCUGAUCAAGACCUACCUCCAGGUGCCUACUGCAAACUGGGUGCACGUGGAUCACCUGACCCACCUCCAAACUCCCUUGGAUAUGUUAGUGCAACUCAACAUAUGCCCAUGCCCAAUGCCUUAGCAAUGAGGCCUCCUGUAUAUAAAUCUCCUUAUGUUACUUGUGCGAUGGCAGAAUCAGUGGUGUCUCCUAAAAAGGAACCAAGUAAAACAACUGACUAUGUCACUCUAGGGGACACUCCAGAUGGACAAUGGGCUCAUCCCAUUAUACAUCCCAUGACUCCAGAAGAGACAAGAGAUGUACUGUCUGCUCCCGUUGAAGGCUCCAGAGGUCGAGUCAUACAACCAAUUAGGCCAAACAGCUCCGAAACAAAUAACAACAGAGGGAGCAAUCAGUUUGCCCCAUCAGGCCACUCUCUGUCAAAGCAGAGCUCAGGUUAUGCGUCAGGCAAUGUAUCCCAAGAAACGUUAACUUUUCAUGAUCCUCUUGUUAUGUCUCCUAAGAAGCUCCUAACACGUAGUUAUGAGCCUCACUCUGUAGUUUACUCACCUCAUCACAAGCCCUCAAUGGUGUGAAGUUUGUCCAAUAUUAAACUGUAUUGUAACAGUUAUUGAUAAAUAACUUCUCUUCCACUUUCCCAAAUAAGUUUUAACAGUUUUUAAAACUUAUUUUGUACAUUACAAGUUAUUACACACAUGCUUUGAGAUGUCAUUUUAAAUUACUGCAAAAUUAUGCAUACUGCAAAAAAAUAAAAUCAUACUAAUGCUGAUGAAUGGACUCUGGCUCUUGUUAGCAAGUGUUUGCCAGUGCCACUGAUUUGUUGUAUUAUUUUUAAGCUGAAAAGUGAGCAGUGUAAAUGUUACCUCACUGACCAUGUGAAAGGUGCAUAGUGGAAGAUGGGCCAGCUUCACAUCAUUUAUCAUCCUUUUUUUUUUUUUUUUUUUUUUUUUUUUUUUUUUUUUUUUUUUUGAUCAUCGUGGUACACUUUUAGAAAGUACAAAGACAUAUUCCCAAUAGUUGGUUUUGUGCCAGUAGAAAGUGAUGCAUUCACAAUCUAAGGUUCCAGUGCGAGGUUAGUGUCAAAACUGACCAGGUAAAGUUACUUAAUGGUAUUUUGAAAUUUAUGUGCCAUGAUAUCUAGUAGAUGAACUACUAGAGGAAUUUAUGAUUUAUUUAAUUACAUAAUUCCAUAGAAAAUAUUGCUCUCACUUUGUAGCAUAUAUAUAUAUAUAUAUAUAUAUAUAUAUAUAUAUAUAUAUAUAUGCACAGAAAUAUUUUUCAAAUUUAAUGUAACAAUGCUCUUAACAAAAUUUUAUAUUUGGACAGUCUUUCAUUCACAUCUAGUUUGUUGUUACUUUUAUUAUUUUACAGAGUGCAUUAUUAAUUAAUAUACUUUAGAAGCUCUGAAGCCUCUCCAAAGAUCUUAGAAUUGUGCCUCUUGAAAGUUAUGCAAGCAUUGCCAAAUAUUUUUUAAUUGAUGGUCAGUUUUAUGGUAAGCUCCAUUGUUUUGAAGCAUUGUUCUGCUGGUACAUGAAAGUGAACCACUACUACAUAGGAUGAACAGGAUGACAGGUGUUAAGGGCGAUCCUGCACAUGAAGUCGGGGAGGUUAUCCAGUGUGGAAUGUCUCCUCUGCUCAGUGCCAAGUAUAGUUGACAGUGUGUUGAGAGUUUAUGCCACAUUUUUGAAUGCUCAAUAUAUCUCAUUUUGAAUACUCAGUUUCUGUAUAGAAGAGAGAUUUAUGGGUUCAGUGCUGUCUUUUAUGUUUAUUAUGUGAGUUGUACUCAUAAGAGUAGGGAGUGGAGUGACUGAUGUAAACCAUUAUGCGUUUUCCUCUCCACUGCAGCAAAAGAUCCUUUAACAAUUGCUUUAUAUGUCUUGCAUUGUGGAAAAAAAUGUUAUUAUAUGUAUCAAGAAGUAAGGGUUAUUUGAAUAAUCAUGCACUUGUUUUGUAAUUAAUACUAUUUCCUGUACAAAGGCUCACUAAGAGGAUAUCUGGUGGCAUGUAGAGACACAAGAAAGUGGGGUGUGUUGGAAAUAUGUUUUUUGCAUGUCCAUUACUUGUUAUCCAAUCAACCAUAUAUAUAUAUAUAUAUAUAUAUAUAUAUAUAUAUAUAUAUAUAUAUAUAUAUAUAUAUAUAUAUAUAUAUAUAUAUAUAUAUAUAUAUAUAUAUAUAUAUAUAUAUAUAUAUAUAUAUAUAUAUAUAUAUAUAUAUAUAUAUAUAUAUAUAUAUAUAUAUAUAUAUAUAUAUAUAGCCCAAGAUUUAUAUAUUUUAGCUUACUUCCCAUAAUGCUACUAAAACUGUCAUUGCUCACAUACCAUAGAACUGCUUGCCUCUUACAUCAUGUCCAUAUAAUCAAAAUUGGUGUCCAACUGAAGGUAUUCUGUACAUACGUACAUAUUAGUGAAAUGCAUUCAUUAGAUGAACAUUUUCCAGUGCUCUGCCUCAUCCAGUGGGGCAAAAUUAAACCGAUCCAUAGUGAAAGUCAGCUUACAAUACAGUGCAUCUUAAAACACUACCCUGUGAUACAACACUGUGUGCUCAGGCACAUGUGUCUUGAGUGUUAUUUAUUAGCUUCAAUAGAAUUAUGCAUUAAAGGAAGGGUUGUGUUGUAUGUAUUAAUUUUUCUUGAAAAAAGGUGAAUUAUAAUAUCACUGAAGCAGUUUUCUGGAAGAAGUAUGUAGAUUGAAGCUUGACGCAUGGUUAUUACUGUUUUUAUUUAGAACUAAGGAAUUUUUUAUAUAACUGUAAAAGUCUCAUGUCUUACUGCUUUAUGUGGACAGAAACCUGAAGGAUUUAGGAAAAUAUGAUAAAAAAAACCUAACACAUAAAUAUGUAUACUGUUAAUGUAGAAUAGUAUAAAAAAACAAAUGGAUGUUUAUGUCUUAGGUUAUGAGAGUAUGAGUAAGAUAUAACAUGAGGAUACUUGCAGCACAGUUUAUGAAUACAUAAUGCCAGUCAUUGUGUGCAGAAGGCAUAAGAGGGCAGCACACCAAUAUCCAUCCCCUGACAGACUGCCUGAGUGUAUCUUAAUUAUGUUUUCCAGUGAUUGGUCUUUACUGGUAUUGCUGGAUAGAUUGAUAGUGACUAAGUGAAUUGAGGAGUAAAAUCAGUGGUAGAUCAUACUAGCUUAAUCACACAACUUUGGUGUUUAUAGAAGUGUGAUGUUGUGUUACAUGUACCAGACACAAGCAAAAUUAUAUGUGGAGCAUUAACAAUGCUACAAAUAUUCAGAACAUCAUUAUUUUCAUAUAAAAAGGUGUUUUGCCCUUACAUAACAACCUGCUAUGUCUAGUCCUCAGCUGUAAGCUUGUACAAAGUUAUUUUUAAAAGAAUUUAUUAAUGUUAUUCAACACCUGUUGCAAACUUUGAUGUUGCUUUGCAUUAUUACUAUUGUUAACUUGACAGACCAUGUGCAAUUCCUCACCAGAAGGCUCCCAUUUCACUACCAUGAUAGUGCGUGCUAUCCUUUUUAUUUUUGUGUUUUGUUUCAUAUGUUUAAUAUUAUUAUUAUUUUUACUUGUCUAUAUUUAUGCUCUUAUUGGAUACUUCUAGAUUAUGUUCACAAAAUUUGAUACUGAUUAAAGUUCAAACUAUUGGAAAGUAAUAUAUUCUCACUUGAGUCUUUCAUAUCCACUUCUUACUGCUGCUGUAAUAAAGAAAAUCAAUAAUUGACCUUUUUCAUGUGUGGAUAUUAUUUUCUCUGAAAAUAUUUCUGUUGUACUGGCUGUAUUAUAUACAUGCCAUGAGUGUGUGUAGAUAUUAUAUGUCAGUAGCUGAAAAUCAUAUUGUAAAUAGGAAGUAACAUUAAUUUGAGCAGACUAGGUGUGGAGAUCAUUGUACAGUAUAUAUAUCCUUGAAACUUGUGCCAAAGUGAUUGGUGGUAAUUAGGGGAAGAAAAGGUCUCUGUAGAGCUCCUGUUAAAGAUAAAUGAUGCUUUGUUCAAAAUUUACAAUAUUUUUGUAUAAAGCUCUGCUGAAUAGAAUCAGUGGACCUGCAGUUACAUACUCAGCAAUUUAUAUAACUUUUUCAUUGAGUGCUUUCCUGUAUGAAGUGAGGAUAAUUUCUGUAAGAUAAGCAAACAUCUACAAUAAAUUGCUGAAAUUACCCAUGAAAUGUUGGGCAUCAAAGCCAUGCAAAUGGUAUCCAAGUUACCAUUUUGUCACAAUCCACAAUAUUGAUACUACAGUGUCUUGAAGUUAAUGCCCUCCAACACAUCUUAUCUUUAGUUCUUAUAUGCUGAGCAGAGAUAUUUGGUAAUGUACGUAAUAACUGAAUAUUUAGAAAUGCAGAGAUUUGUAAAUGAGGGUUGGUGUAAGAAUGUGUCUGUAUUCUUUGUUAAAUGGUUAUCCAUUGUAAAUCUUAGGAUUUUCUUACAUUUUCCUAGGUCUUCCUUUCAUCCCCUCUCCAAUAAGACUAAUUAUUUUAAAAUUAGCACUUAUUGUUACACCAUGCAAACCAUCUAUUAGUGUUCUGUCUCACCUGCAGGAAAUUUGAACACAAACUUCUUCUUUUCAGAAAUUAAAGAUACUACAUGUUCAGAAAAUAUACAAUGUUCAGUUCAGAUUUACUACAUGAGGCAGUCUUUAUACAUUUCUUCAUAGAUAUGUGCUCUAGAUUUUCAGUGUAGGACUUUGGCUGUUGGACACGUGGUUGGUGUGCAUCAUAUGUCUAGGACUGAACUGUAAUUAAGAUGAUGUAAGUUGAAAAUUAUGUACAAAAGUUCAAAAAAUAUUUUUGUUUGCAAA